GAGACCGAAGACCAAAGUCACAGAGAAAGAUGGAGGGCCUGUACCAGACUGCAGGCCGGAUUCUCGUGGCUCUGGGGAGUCUCAGUGUAUGCUCUGGAAUUAUUGCUUUUUUCCCUGUCUUUUCUUGCAAGCUUUGGUUCACAGGAUGGAGUGUUCAGAUUGCUUGUCCCAUCUGGAAUGGAGCUUUGGCCAUCACGGCAGGGGCACUCCUACUACUGGCUUACAAAGCGUGGACCCACAGACACCUGUGGGAAGCUAGUUUCACCUUUGUGAUUCUGAGCAUGAUGGGAUGCCCACUUCACUUUGCAAUAGCCUUGGCAUCUGCUCUCCUGGGUCCAUAUUGCUUCUACUCAUUCUCGGGGAUUGCAGGGACCAACUACCUUGGUCAUGCAGUGGCCUUUCCCUUUCCAUAUGCAAAGUUCCAAUCAGUUUGUGUGGACCCCCCACACUAUGAAGAGUACCACCUGACGCUUCAAGCCCUCGACCUGUGCUUGAGCCUUGCCCUGCUCUGCACGUCCCUGACAGUGUUCGUCAAGCUUUCGGCAAGACUCAUCCGAAGCGGACAUGUGAACGGGCCUAGAUCAGCACAGAGGCUGGAGAGACCCCACCAGCUGCAGGACCCGUGCAGGGGCCAACAGCAACACAGUUAA